AAUUGCCACCAGAUCUAACAUCGCUAAUCGAGGAUAAACUAAAAAAUUUGAUUACCCAAUCGAACUACAACAGCACCAUUGUCACAACCACUCAACAGCCAUCAAAGGAAAAUGUACAAAUCUCUUUUGACAUGAAUGUGGAGGAACAAUCAGUCAAGGCAACAGCAUCAGCAGCCGAAGCUCAUUUCCAUAAUGUAGAUUUGAAGGCAACGAACACAAUGACCGAUAUUGGAGAUAACAGCAAAAAAGUUACACAAGACAUGAGUGACAAACAAACCACAACAGCAACAACAACGGGGAACAACCAUGCCGAAAAUGUCAUGAAUAAGUCUCCAACGGAGGAGCAUCAGGAUGAUGAUGAGGCUGAAAAAUCAAAUGAUGGAAAUUCGACUAUGCCAAAGGCUGGGGAUAUCAUCAAAUACAUGCCAGAGGAAAACAGCAACACUGAGACGGACGGUUCAACAUUGACAGGCACUGGAACAACAGCAAAACCAAUAGACACAGCAAAACAAACAACAUUGACGACGUCAACCGCAGCAACAACAACAACAAUCACCACUAAGGCCAGCAAAAGACCGGUCAUCAAGCAUAAUAACAAUAAAACAAUUGCCCAUGCCACCAGCACAACUACGACAGUCAACAAUGCUAACAGACCGAACUUGAAAUUGACCAAAAACAAAGUGUCUGUCGGCCAGCCAAGUGCAACGGCAACUGAAACAAAGAUAUUGGCGUCAUCCUCAGUCUCAACGAAAACCAAAUCAUCGAAUGCAACACGACGUGUAACAAGCAAUAAACCGACAAGGCAACAGUAUCACAAUAAACCCAACUCCAGGCCCACGAACACACCAGUGCAGGCAACAAAAAUGGCUAAUGCCACAGUCAAUGCGGCGAAGGGAUCAUCCGCACAGCAUCGAUUAAAUGGGACAAAUAUUGAGUCACAAUCCUCUGGCAAAAAUACAAAACGUACUGGCGCUGUAACGGUUGGCGGCAAUAGACCCAAAAAGACAACAACAACUAAAGUUGGUAUACACACAACAACGCCACCACCACCGACAGCAUUACCAAACUCAUCUGCAACGAAGACGACAACGACAGCAACAACGAGGAGAACAUCAUUGCAAACAAAGGCACCACCACCAACGACAUCAUCGCCAUCGUCGCCAACAACAACCACAACAAAUCCAUUUUUAAUGUCACCUUUUGACAAAUUGCCUUUCAUGGAUGCCAGCUUUGAAGUGAAACGUAAUUCAGCAACGCCUUCAUUUGCAAUUCCAAGCCAAACCUUUUUAGUGGCCAAUGGACCGGCAGACGAUGGUCUUCCAUAUUUCUCAACAUCAUCCGGAACGUCAUCUUCCUCAUCUUCAGAAAAUCCAUAUUCAUUGUCUUCUGCGGAACAUAUUUCAUCUGUUAACCAUGUCAAAUUAAUGGCUGCACAGCAUCAUCAUCCCUCCUUCAGUACAAGCAGCAGCAGUACGACCAGCACCACCACCACGACCUCUCAUGGCCAUGUUGAGGUGUCAACAUCAUUGCCUUCACGCAGCUCAGCAACACUGAAUAAUUUAAUUGAUCCAAUUGGCAUCUUAAAAUUAGCCGGUUGUAAUAUCUAUGGACGCAUGUAUCGAGUGGGUCGAAUCAUACUCGAGCUGUCCUCACCAUGUCAGGAGUGUCGAUGUACCGAAAUUGGUGUUAAAUGUUCUCCAUUGGAGUGUUAG